AUGGCGACCCGGAAAGUCACCCUGAAGCUCCUAAUCAACAAGAAAACCAAGAAGGUACUCUUCGCCGAAGCCGGCAAAGACUUCGUCGAUUUCCUCUUCACCCUCCUCUCCUUCCCGCUAGGAACCGUGAUUAAGCUCCUGUCAAGAACAAAAUGGUGGGUUGCUUGGGGAAUCUGUACGAGAGCAUCGAAGAGCUCAGCGACACAUUCUUCCAGCCCAACCUGGGCAAGGCCACGGUUCUGA